UGCAGGCGCGGCCGCGGCCGACCCCGGCGCGGGGGCCUUGCGCGCAGCCCGGAAGUGCGGCCGCGGCUCUGGCGGGACGGGCUGUCCGGGCGGCGUGCUCGGCCGCGUGGGCCAUGGGGCGGCGGGCGCGGGCCCGGCGGCAGCAGCAGCAGCAGCAGCAGCAGCGGGGCGAGGAGGACGGCGGCCGGGCGGGCGGGCGGCGCGGCGCGGGCUGGGACGGCGGCUACCCCGAGAUCGUCAAGGAGAACAAGCUCUUCGAGCACUACUACCAGGAGCUCGGGAUCGUGCCCGACGGCGAGUGGGACCAGUUCAUGGGCGCGCUGCGGGAGCCGCUCCCGGCCACGCUGAGGAUCACCGGCUACAAGAGUCACGCGAAGGAGAUUCUCCACUGCUUGAAGAACAAGUAUUUCAAGGAGUUGGAGGACUUGGAGGUGGACGGGCAGAAGGUGGAUGUUCCACAGCCCCUGAGCUGGUACCCUGAAGAACUUGCCUGGCACACAAACUUGAGUCGGAAAAUCCUGAGGAAGUCCCCACAGCUGGAAAAGUUCCACCAGUUCCUGGUCAGCGAGACCGAGUCUGGCAAUAUCAGCCGCCAGGAAGCUGUGAGCAUGAUCCCGCCGCUGCUGCUCAACGCGCACCCCCACCACAAGAUCCUAGACAUGUGCGCGGCGCCCGGCUCGAAGACCACCCAGCUCAUCGAGAUGCUGCACGCCGACAUGACCGUGCCCUUCCCAGAGGGCUUCGUCAUCGCCAACGACGUGGACAACAAGCGCUGCUACCUGCUGGUGCACCAGGCCAAGCGCCUGGGCAGCCCCUGCAUCAUGGUGGUCAAUCACGACGCAUCCUGCAUUCCCCGGCUCUGCAUCGACGUGGACGGCCGGAAGGAGACGCUCUUCUACGACCGCAUCCUCUGCGACGUGCCCUGCAGCGGGGACGGCACCAUGAGGAAGAACAUUGACGUCUGGAAGAAGUGGUCCACCUUGAACAGCCUGCAGCUGCACGGCCUGCAGCUCCGCAUCGCCACACGGGGCGCUGAGCAGCUGGUGCCAGGCGGCCGGAUGGUGUAUUCCACCUGCUCGCUCAACCCCAUCGAGGACGAGGCCGUGAUCGCCGCCCUGCUGGAGAAGAGCGAAGGUGCCCUGGAGCUCGUGGAUGUGUCUUCCGAGUUGCCGGGCCUGCGCUGGAUGCCAGGACUCAGCCACUGGAAGGUGAUGACCAAAGACGGUCAGUGGUUUGCGGAGUGGGGCGACGUCCCCCACAGCCGGCAUACCCAGAUUCGGCCCACCAUGUUCCCCCCCAGCGACCCGGAGAAGCUGCGGGCCAUGCACCUGGAGCGCUGCCUGCGGAUAUUGCCACACCAUCAGAACACUGGCGGCUUCUUCGUGGCCGUCUUCGUGAAGAAGGCCGCCAUGCCCUGGAACCGGCGUGCGCCCAAGCCGCAGGGGGGCACCGGCGAGCCCAGGACCUGUGUCCAGCCAAGCCCUGCGGAGCCCACGGCAGCCCCACAGGAGGCCACGGGCCCCUCGGAGCCGGACCCUGAGCCUGGGAUGCCUGACGCCGGUGUCUCCGCGAGUCCCGAGAGCGCGGAGAGUGACGGGGCCAGGAGAGACGGUGUGUGUGGCCCGCCGCCCUCCAAGAAGAUGAAGGUGUUCGGCUUCAAGGAGGACCCGUUCGUGUUCAUCCCCGAGGACGACCCGCUCUUCCCACCCAUCCAGAAGUUCUACGCGCUGGACCCCUCGUUCCCGAGGAUGAACCUGCUGACGCGCACCACGGAGGGGAAGAAGCGGCAGCUGUACAUGGUGUCCAAGGAGCUGCGCAACGUGCUGCUCAACAACAGCGAGAAGAUGAAGGUCAUCAACACCGGGAUCAAAGUCUGGUGCCGCAACAACAGUGGGGAGGAAUUCGACUGUGCCUUCCGCCUGGCUCAGGAGGGAAUCUACACGCUGUACCCCUUCAUCAAUUCGAGGAUCAUCAACGUCUCGAUCGAGGACGUGAAGGUCCUGCUCACGCAGGAGAACCCGUUCUUCCGCAAACUGAGCAGCGAGACGCACCGGCAGGCCAAGGAGAUGACCAAGGGCAGCGUCGUCCUGAAGUACGAGCCGGACCCCACGAGGCCAGACACGCUACGCUGCCCCAUCGUGCUGUGUGGCUGGCGGGGGAAGACGUCCCUGCGGACCUUCGUGCCCAAGAACGAACGACUGCACUACCUGCGCAUGAUGGGGCUGGACGCGCUGGCCGACGGGCGGGCAGGGGACCCUGACCCGGCCACCCUGGAUGGUGCUGCCUCAGACGCCACUGCUGUGGACACUACUGCCGUGGGCACCGCCAUGGACGCCACUGCGGACAGUGCCGUGGACGCCACCUCAGACAGUGCCGUGGAUGCCGCCACGGACGCCACCAUGGACAGUGCCAUGGACACCGCCACAGACAGUGCUGUGGGCGCCGCCGUGGACAGUGCCACAGAUGUCGCCACAGACAGUGCUGGCUCGGACCCCGCCUAGCCCCGGUGAGCCCAGCUGGCGCCUGCGUCCAUCCCCAAGCACCUGGCGUCCCACUCUGGUGUCCGUGAUGAGGCGCUG